UCCCACACUAUUCAUUUCUCUCUCUUUCAUCUUUGUGUUUGUGGAUCAUCAAUCUUCCUGCCUGCUAAAGCAACAGUUUUUGAUAUAUUUGUAUUUGUUAUCUUUCAAAACAAUCCAUGGCCCCACACUACUCACUCUCUCUCAUAUGUCUCUCUAACUAAGUGCCUGCGCUUCAAAAUGGUCACCAAAAUCCAGAACCGGCCUCCAUUAUGACUCACAUCCACACCUCCACCUCCUUCAAAGAACUUUGAGGGUGAUGUGCUCCUUCUGGACAACAUAGAGCAAAGAGUUGGAGCUGAGAAAAUGGUGGGCACUCCUAUUAACGGAAGAACAAGGCAAGCUUUCACAGUUGUCAAUGGCGGUGGCCACGAUCUUGGCCCCAGUAGUGCUCCUCCAAGCAAUGCUGGAUCGGAUUAUGGUGCCAUAGAGUUCACAAGAGAGGACGUGGAAGCAUUGCUAAAUGAGAGAGCCAAGAGAAAAGACAGAUUUAAUUAUAAGGAAAGAUGUGAAAAUAUGGUGGAUUAUAUAAAAAGGCUUAAGGUUUGCAUCAGAUGGUUCCAAGACCUUGAGAUAUACUACUCGCUAGAGCACGAAAAGUUAAAGAAUUCACUGGAACUGACCCAGCAAAAAUGCACAGAAAUUGAGUUGCUGCUUAAAAUCAAGGAAGAAGAAUUAAAUUCAAUUAUUACGGAAAUGAGAAGGAAUUGCACUUCUUUGCAAGAAAAACUGAUAAAGGAAGAAACAGAAAAGACGGCUGCAGUGGAAUCUCUUACUAAAGAGAGAGAGGCUAGGCUUGACAUUGAGAGGUCACAUAGUACUCUGUCAGAGGACCUUGGAAGAGCCCAACGAGAAAUCCAAAGUGCAAAUCAGAAGAUAGCAUCACUAAAUGAAAUGUAUAAGCGGUUACAGGAUUACAUAACAAGCUUACAACAGUACAAUGGAAAACUUCAUUCUGAGCUUUCAUCAGUUGAAGAUGAACUUAAACGCGUAGAGAAAGAGAAGGCUAAUGUAGUGGAGAACAUCACCAUGUUAAGGGGUCAACUUACUGUUUCAGUUUCUUCUCAAGAAGAGGCCAUAAAACAGAAGGAUGUCUUGGCUACAGAAGUUUCGUCUCUUAGAGGAGAGUUGCAGCAAGUAAGAGAUGAGAGAGAUAGGCAAUUAUCUCAAGUACAAACCCUAAGUUCUGAAUUAGAGAAAAUUAAAGAAUCUACUAAACAGUCUUCCACUGAAGUGGACAGCUUGACAUUAAAAGCGAAUGACCUGGAGGUAAAAUGUGCAUUGAAAGAUAAUCAGAUAAAGGCCUUGGAAGAGCAGCUAGCAACUGCAGAGAAGAAACUGGAGGUGUCUGAUAUAUCGGCAUUCGAGACAAGGACAGAGUUUGAAGGACAACAGAAGUUUGUAAAUGAGUUACAAAGACGGUUGGCGGAUGCAGAAUAUAAACUUAUAGAAGGGGAGAGGCUUCGGAAAAAAUUGCAUAAUACCAUUUUGGAGUUAAAAGGUAACAUUCGUGUAUUCUGUCGAGUGAGGCCUUUAUUACCUGAUGAAAGUUGUAGCACAGAAGGCAAGAUUUUCAGUUAUCCAACAUCAAUGGAAACUUCCGGACGAGCCAUUGACCUGGCCCAAAAUGGCCAAAAACAUGCUUUUACAUUUGAUAAAGUUUUUACACCAGAGGCAUCACAAGAAGAAGUUUUUGUAGAAAUUUCACAGCUUGUACAAAGUGCUCUCGAUGGUUAUAAGGUUUGCAUAUUUGCCUAUGGUCAGACAGGUUCAGGGAAAACCUAUACAAUGAUGGGAAGGCCUGGACAUCCUGAGGAAAAAGGCUUGAUACCUCGUUCAUUAGAACAAAUAUUUCAAACAAAGCAGUCUCAGCAACCUCAAGGCUGGAAAUAUGAAAUGCAGGUGUCAAUGUUGGAAAUAUACAAUGAAACUAUUCGAGAUCUGAUAUCUACAACAACUCGUGUGGAAAAUGGUACUCCUGGAAAACAAUAUACAAUCAAACAUGAUGCAAACGGAAAUACACAAGUUUCUGAUCUUACAGUAGUGGAUGUUCAAAGUGCUAAAGAGGUUGCAUUUCUUUUAAAUCAAGCAGCAAAUAGCAGAUCUGUGGGAAAAACCCAGAUGAAUGAACAAUCAUCAAGAAGUCAUUUCGUAUUCACUCUUCGAAUAUACGGUGUAAAUGAGAGCACUGACCAACAAGUACAAGGUGUUCUGAAUCUCAUUGAUCUUGCUGGUAGCGAGCGUCUUUCAAAGAGUGGAUCAACUGGGGACAGGUUGAAAGAAACUCAAGCAAUCAACAAAAGUUUAUCAUCAUUGAGUGAUGUUAUAUUUGCCUUAGCCAAGAAGGAGGAUCAUGUUCCAUUCAGAAACUCAAAGCUCACAUAUCUCCUUCAGCCAUGCCUAGGUGGAGACUCUAAGACACUAAUGUUUGUGAACAUUUCACCUGAUCCUUCUUCUGUUGGUGAGUCACUGUGCUCACUCAGAUUUGCAUCAAGAGUCAAUGCUUGUGAGAUUGGAACACCUAGGCGUCAAACCAAUGGACGUACCAUGGAGUCUCGUUUGAGCUAUUUCUGA